AUAAUCAGAUUUGCCUAAAUAAAGGUGUGAUUACCGAUUCAGAUGGUAUGCUAUAUGACAAUGGAGAAUGUACCGAUGUGCAAUUGCCGUCAAAGCUGAUGGAUAAUUUUGGAGGAAUACUGUGUCUACCGGAUGAUGUGUUCUUUCUGGGAGAUGAAAAUAUGUAUGGGUCAAAGCUUCUUAUACGGAACUGUUAUUUGCAGUUACUCGAAUUAAUUGAAAAGAAUCGCAAACGAGAUGGCCCUGCUUAUACUGGUUGCACGAUUACCGGUACACCCGGUAUCGGAAAGACAUAUUUCGGGUUAUAUCUUCUCUUUUACAUUCGCUAUAAUUACCCUGAGGCAAUAAUAGUCUGGCAAUGUACCGAAAAAAUUUGUUAUCAAUUCUCACCAGACGGUAAUGUGCAAGAAGGAGAUAUUAGCCUGUUUCGCAAGACGCUGAAUAAUCGCGAUAACUUCCUUUUAGUUGAUGCACAAGCUUUAACAUUUCCAUAUUCGGCCUACAAGGUCCUGCUUACAUCACCGAAAGUAGAAAGAUUCAAUGAGGCUGUUAAAUGGCCAGGAUUUACUCAAUACUUCAUGCCAGUUUGGGUUCAAGAAGAAAUCACCACGUUUUGGACCUUUCAAUAUAAGAAUAAGAAAAACAAUGAAGGCAAAGAGUUCACGCUUGAAUUACUCAAAACCUUGAUAGAAAAAUGGGGCCCAAUACCCAGGUCAGUUCUUUUGAAGUGGGAUGAUGAAACCUAUCAGCAGAAAUACCAACAGCUGAUUGAUGAAGCCAAGUUAGAAGACUGCAUAAACUCUAUUGAUAAGUCGGGUAUGCCUACAGGCGCCAUUAGUGGAAGACUUAUACAUCUUGACCCGGUUCCGAGAUUUACAAGUGCAGUGUAUCGUUUUGCUUCUCAGAGGGUGUUUGAUAAAAUUAUUCGGGAAUAUGAAAUUAGGACAAAGAAAAAUGUUCGCGAUUUAAUCAUGAAUAGUCACGGACUAUCACAUAUCGCUGGAUUUCGGGGGAAUCUAUUCGAAGAUUUUGCCCAUCAGAAGUUGCAAAAUGGUGGUAUGUUUAGGAUACGGUGUCUGAAUAAUAAAAACUUAGAGGUCACCGAAAAACAUAUCGAGAAGCUGGAGUGUAAUUGGUUCAUAACACUGAAUGAAGCACGUAAGGAAUAUUAUAACAGACCAAAAUCAAAGACAUUUGCAUCGAUUGAUUCUUUUAGCCUCGAUAGCAAAACCUUGGACCUGUACCAAAUUACUGUCUCAAAGAACCAUGGCAUGAAGAUAAAAGGACUUAAUGACCUUAACUGUCUACUUGAAUGGAGGAAGGAUGUGAAUAACUUUAAUUUAUACUUUGUCGUGCCAUCGGACAUUUUUAAAACAUCCCCCCAGCAAAAAUACAAGACAACUAAAGACGAAGAUUGUAAAAAAAUUCCGGGAUGGAUUAAUAAAAUAACCCAAUAUGCAUUAGAGAUCGAUUUGGAAAUUAAUAAUAAAGGCGCGAAAAAACGAUCUAGUGAUGCGAUAUCGGGAGAUGAGGAAACGACAGAGAAGGGAACGAAUAAAGAUGUGAAAAAACGAAAAACAGAAAAGAGUGAGGGAUACGACGAAACUGAUGAAGCGUCAGGGAGCAAGGUGAUUUCAGGACAGCGUAAUUUGAAGCGAUCAAGUUAUGUGAUAGACAAUGAAA